AUGGUCGUGCAGUGGAGGAAGACAGGUCUCAUCUCGCCAGUCCUUGUGUACAGACAUGGACACAAUGACACCCUCGCUCAACACCAGGAUUACAGAGCAAGGGCCAAACUGUUUAAAGAUGAAGUGACCAAAGGGAACAUUUCCCUCAGAAUAAAGAACGUAACAAGGUUUGAUGAAGGGGAAUAUACAUGUUCAUUUACAGAGGGAACCGAGUAUGAAGAUUCUCCAGCUCAACUACAAGUUCGAGGUGGCCAGAUACUUGGAUCCCCAGAUACCUCCGUUCCACCUCACUAUACAGGUUCCAGCCGUUUACCCUGUCACUUCAGCCUGGAUUUAAUUACCGAAAUGAUGAAAACAUUCUGCAGAUACAGAAGGUCUUGUAAAUGUGGAGAGCAACGUGACAGUAAUGAGGCAAUUAACAACAAGUUCAAGUGUGUUGUUCAGUACAGAUGGUUAAAUAUACAACGUGAGGCAAUUGUUAAAAUAUCAGAUGAUAUCUUUCCUGCUGGAAUUCCUGACUGGGUCCUGCCGCUGGUCCUCACCAUUUGUCUUCUCAUUGCCGCCCACGGUGCUGUGUUUUACUGGAACGUGAAACAAAACAGACGCAUUAAAGAGCUGGAACGGCGCAAAUACAUCAUAGAAAAUGAGUGGAAAAGGAUACGAGGCCACAAAGUCUCCGUCACCCUGGAUGUGGAAACAGCGCAUCCGCGGCUCGAGGUGUCUGAGGAUCGGAAGAGGGUGAGAUGGACCGGGACCGUGAGGAGUCUCCCUGACACCGGGAAGAGGUUUACAUACUGGUCGUGUGUGCUGGGAUCGGAGGGAUUCACAUCGGGGAGACAUUACUGGGAGGUGGAGGUGGCGGGGAGUCGGCGCUGGAGUCUGGGAGUCGCCGCAGAGUCUGUGGAGAGGAAGAGACGGGUCACACUGACCCCGGAGACUGGAGUCUGGAGCAUCAUGCGGUUGGGUGACGGGUUUGAUGCAUUCACCUCCCCUCCAUCCCCUCUCCCCGCCCGUCCCAUCCCCGGGAGGGUGGGAGUUUAUCUCAGUUACGAGUCCGGGACAGUUUCAUUUUACGACGCGGACACCAAGUCCCAUCUCCACACCUUCACUGGGAAUAAAUUCACGGAGAAACUUUAUCCUUUCUUUGGGCCUUGGGAUGAAGACCAGUGGCUGAGAAUCUGCUCCGGUUCCGCUCCGGGUGUGUAAAAGGGUCGGGUCCCGGGACCGGCGUCAGGAGCGGGGCUCAGGGGCUGUGGGGCAGAAACCCGGUGGACAACAGGUCGGCGCUGAACGAACGGCUCCCAUUUAAUUCCCAAAUUCCGCGUCGUGAAACAAACCCCAGUGAGCGCGGAAAUAAAACCAGGGGGAAUGUAAAUGUGGCCUUGCCGAGGCAGCAUGAAGUGUAGAUGUGUACAAAAUCAUGAGAGGAACAGAUGGGGUAGAUGCACAGAGUCUCUUGCCCAGAGUAGGGGAAUCGAGGACCAGAGGACAUAGGUUCAAGGUGAAGGAGAUAAGAUAUCUGAGGGGUAACUUUUUCACACAGAGGGUGGUGGGUGUAUGGAACAAGCUGCCAGAGGAGGUAGUUGAGGCUGGGACUAUCCAAUCGUUUAUGCAAUAUUUAGACAGGUACAUGGAUAGGACAGAUUUGGAGGGAUAUGGACCAAGCGCAGGCAAGUGGGACUAGUGUAGAUGGGGCAUGUUGGCCGGUGUGGGCAAGUUGGGCCGAAGGGCCCGUUUCCAUACUGUAUCACUCUAUGACUAAGAGUCAAUGGAAGGGAAGGUUGGUUUGCGCGAUGGUCUGGGCUGUGUGCACAGUAAUCAACUGUCACUCAUCCCUCCUCUCCAUAGAUGCUGCCUGUCCCGCUGAGUUACUCCAGCAUUCUGUGUCCUUCUUCAAUGUAAACCUGCAUCUGCAGUUCCUUCCUACAGAUAAAAUGCUUUCUGCGGCGCAUAGAGUACAAG